AUGACUCCCCUAGCUCCAAACGGCGGUCAGCUUCAUAUGCCUUCGAGCACACCCCUCUCUUACGCUGAAAUAUCGGAGAAAUAUUACUUAUACUUACCAGAUACAUCUGGAGAGUGCGGGUCACCCCGGAUGGGGACUCGUGCAGAAGACAAAUACAAGACUCAGGAUGAAUCUACUCUGAGUCGAAUGCAUCUUGCUUUCGAGGGAACUGACCAUGAACACCUUGACUAUCAUUAUCGUGUCCACGAUCUUCUUCACGUCAUGAUGUUGAUCAUUUUCAGCAUCGUCAUAGCCCUAUGA